AUGAUUGAAGUAAAACAUAUUUUGCUUAUUUUAUUUGCAGUUUUGAAUUUAUCUGCUUUGGCGCUAAGAAAUUGUGUCCGGAAGCUUUUUCAGGCAUUUGUUAUUAUUUUAUUUUUUGGAUCUAUUUUCAUUCUUCUUGGGAAACAAUUAUAUAAAGGUGUGUUAACUCAAAAGUGUGUUUCUAUACCACCUGAGAAUAUCACUGAUGCUGAAUUUGCUUCCUUUGUGAGUAAUUCAUCAAACUGGUUGGAAACAAAAAAUGGCUACUAUUAUUGUGGAAACAAUACUGGAUCCAGACCCUGCCCUGAAAACUACACCUGUUUGAAAGGAGCUGAUGGUAAUUCCUAUGUCUCUAAUUUUAACUUUUAUGGAUCAUCAGUGGUGACAAUUUCUCAAUUGAUGACGUUGCAUUUUUGGCAAGAGCUUUACCAAAAAAUGUUGUUGACAGCUGGAUCCCUACAUGUGACUUAUUUUGUGCUUGCCUUUUAUUCAUUUUUAUAUUCAAGUGGACUCAUUUUGGCUAUUAUUACAAGAUCUUAUAAAAAUGUAUUGAGAGAGUUUGAAGUUAUUGAAAAAAAUUCUCAUAUGGCAAAGAAAGAAAAUUUAAGUCGCUGUGAUAUUCAAAAAGGAAUAGUGAAAAGUCCUUCUUGUAAAUCCUAUGAAUUAUUCUCCAGCCAAGUUAUUUCUUCUGAAAAGGUUGAAAGACAGACCUCAGAAAUAAUGGAGUCUUCUAACCGCUCUGCUGAUAAAAAUAUUGACCCGGAUAAAAUUCUUAAAGACCAUGUUGCAGAAGGUAAAUGCAUGAGAGAAACUGUCAGGUCUCAACUGGCUUCAGACAAAGCGAAAGAUUCUCUAUCAGGCUCGUCCACUCAAUUGACUGGUGCUGAAAAUUUUUUCAUAGUUAUUCGCCGUGACCUAGAAAAAAUUAUUUCCAAUUCUGUUAUGGAAUUCUUUUUUUUAACUGCUGUGGCUGCAUAUUUGUCCAUAUCCAUACUUCAAUACAGUCGACUUAAAUUUAUAUCAUUUGAGAGAGCUAAAUUGGCAUAUUAUGCUUUUGCUGGUAUUACUUUAACAGAAGUUGCUUUGAAAAUAAUUGCUUUCACUCCUCGCAAAUACUUUAAAAGUAAAUGGAAUGCUUUUGAUUGCUUAGUAUUGAUUCUUGGUGGUACUGAAUUGAUUCUGCUUGAAGUUGAAAAUCCAGUUUUGUUUAUCCUUCGCUCAUAUAAACUGAUCCGGCUGUUACUAUGCUGUGACACUUGCAACUAUUUGAAGCAAGUUAUGGGUAGCUCAAUAUUUUUAUUUAAACACCCUGCUUCAAUACUGGUGGUAUUUAUGACAAUUUGCAUUGUUACUGGAAUGCAGUUGUAUGGUUAUGAGUAUUUUCAUAGCCCUGAAAGGUUUCCCAAUCAAGAGCCACCUCGUUGGUUCUUUAAAGAUUGCUACAGCUCCUUCUUGUUAGUGUUUACCAUGCUGUGUGGAGAUUGGAAGCAACCAAUGGUGAAUACAGUCCUUUUUACUUCCUGUGCCAGUGAUCUCUUAAUGUUGAUUUUUGUGCUCAUUGGAAAUUUUGUGGUAAUGAACUUAUUCUUGGGUGUUGUUAUGUACAAUUUCUAUUACAAAACCCUGCCUAGAAGUGCCUAUUCAAAAAAUAAAUUGCAAAAUGCUAUUCAAAUAAUUUUGCAGAGCCAGAACAAAAUGUCUGAUGAGAGGUUGAAUAAGAAAGAUUCAAAAAUUGAAGAUUCUCAACAUACAAGCAAUAGUGCUAGUCAAGAAGUCAUGUUGGAACCGAAUUAUAGCAUCACGCAUAACUUCAUGAAAAAUAAAAAGAAAAAAGCCCUCAGAAAUCAGAAUGAGAUGGAAAUUAUUGAGGAUACGUCAUCUGAAUAUAUGGCAGAUUGCUGCCCUGCAUUGUGCUAUUUUUGUUGUUCUUUUUGUAAAGCUGAUGAAAAUCCCAUAUUAUGGCAAAAUUGGGCAGAUAUACGUUGCAAAUUAUAUUGUUUUGUGGAAACAAAACUAUUCAGAAUCACUGUAUCUCUGGUCAUACUUACCAGCAUAGCAACAUUGAUAAUUGAUCGAUCUCAUGGAUCAAAAUAUCCUCAAGUUCAAAAAGCAAUAACAAUCAUGGAUCCUUUCAUUUUUAUGUUAUUUUUGAUAGAAAUGGUGUUGAAGUGGAUGGCCUAUGGUUUGCAAAAAUUCUUUAGAAGUGAUUUAGGGCGCUUCGAAUUUACUAUUUUAUUGAUAUAUUUGAUUGAUUUGUUGUCUAUCAAGUUUUUUGAUGGUCAGAAAAAUAUUUUCAAAGCUCUGAGAGCAUUUCGACUUUUAAGCCUAACCCCACUCCUUAAAUCAUAUCAGGAAACAGUUCCCUUGCCCAUGAAACGCACGAAUUGCAAUGAUGAUAGUGCUACUGCUUCAAGGGAAAGUCUCUUGCACUUACGAAGACUGGAGUGUAAACAUUUUUUAAGUAGACAUUGCAGUUAUAAGCCAUCUGGUUCUGGAGAAAUAUUCCGAAUGGAUUGGAAUGUUCAAGAAGUGCAAUCUUCCAAUCUGAGUGAGAGUAAAAUGCGCCGAAUGUCAUUAACUCACAAAAAGAACUAUCAUGAUUCAAACCUAGCUGCUGGUGCAUCUGAUUGUCUCCCAGAAUUCUGCUACAAUCUGUUUCCGUUUUGCAAACUUGACUGCAGAUUUUCUCGCAUUUUGAAAAAACUUCGGACAAAGAUAUUAAUUUGUGUGAAGAGUAAAUAUUAUCUGGCCCUUAUUACCCUUAUUAUUAUUGCAAGUUCUCUGAAACUGGCUGUUGAAUCAAAUUUCUCGUCAAAUAAGCCUCCUAUUAUUAAACUCAUAUCCAAUUAUGCAGAUAAAAUUUUUGCUUCGUUAUUUCUGUUGGAAAUGUUACUGAAAAUGUUAGCAUUUGGCAUAAAGGGAUACUUUUCUUCAAUCUGUUGUGUUGCAGAACUUGUUAUAGCAUUAACUUCUACAGCUUAUGUUGUACUAAAUGAACUGGCUAUAGCAAAUUACCCUGUCUUGAAAAUUGUGAGAGUUUUUCGACUGCUACACCUGUGCAAACUUUUGAAGUUUAAUAGGCAAUCUGAGUAUAUCUUAACAUCAUUAAGUCAUGCCUUACCUUCAUAUGUUUUGGUGUUUCUGUUUGUAUUCUAUCUCUGGCUUAUAUUUGCUAUAAUGGGAUGUGCCAUGUUCAGUGGAAUGUUGCAGACUUGCAUUGAUGCCAAUGGAUACAAUCUUAAUAUUCUUUCUGAGUCAGACUGUUAUGCUAGUAAUGGUACAUAUAAGAGUUCGCCAGUAAAUUUUGAUUCGAUUGAAAAUAGUUACAUAGCUCUUCUUCAAGUGGCAACAUUGCAAAAUUGGAUUAGUUUUGUGUCUAACAUCAUGGAUAACUCUGAUAAAGCUCAUCACAUGAGAAACGAGAUUUAUACAGCUUUAUUUUUUCCAAUGUUUAUUAUGUUCAGCACAUUUUUGACUUUGAACUUUUUUGUUGGAAUUACAUGCUGUUACUUCAAUGACUUGAAAAAAGAUUCUUUGAAAAAUAGUGACAAUGGAACAGAACAUUUAUACAAAACAGCAGUGAAAAAAAUUGAGCAAACAAAAUUACAAAAGGUGAUACCACCUCCUAAGCUGCAUUUUCAAGCCUUCUUAUAUCGCAUGGUUACAAGCGAUAAUUUUGAGAUUGCUGGAUUUGUAUUCAUUGGACUACACAUGCUUUUGAUUGCUUUGGAUAUGUAUGACCCAGAUCCAUCAGAAAUGUUUGCUUUAGCAAUGACUGAACUCAACAUUUUCUUCAUUGUCAUAUUCACAGUUGAAUGUAUAUUAAAAAUGUUGGCAUUCCGGCAGUAUUACUUCUUAUCACUGUGGAAUCACUUUGAUGUCAUAGUUUUGACUUUAUGCAUUUGUGGAGCACUUUUUGAAAAACUAUUCCCUUCUCCAAUGUUACCCGCAAUGUUACGUCUGGUACGUUUCAUCAAAUGUCGAAGAUAUCUCAGAAGGUAUGCAAGAGGGAUGUUGCCUUUAAUGUACAGCUUAUAUACUUCAAUUCCAGCUUUCUUCACGGUACUUAUUCUUCAAUUUCUGAUUAUGUUCAUCUAUGCAAUUUUUGGAGUUUUUCAAUUUCACAAUGCCAGGCAAUUGUGGGACAUUAGUGAGGAAUUGAGUUUCGAAACAUAUCCGAAAGCCAUGCUUCUACUUUUCCAACUUUCAACUUUAGCAGGUUGGAUCGAUGUCUUGCAGUCACUGUUACAAAAUGGAAAAGAAUCUAUGGUUGCUAUAACUUUCAUAAUAUCUUACAUUAUCAUAAUUUAUUUUAUAGUUAUAAAAACGCACCUGAUUAUCAUCCUAGACAGCUUCAAUUCUGCAAUGCAUGAAUAUGAAAACAUACUCUUACACGAGGAUUAUGAAAUGUUUGCAGAAGUGUGGCAAAAGUUUGAUAAUAAUGCAAGAGGCAUCAUCAAGUUUGGCAAUUUGCCAGAUCUGUUAGAUGUCUUAGAAGAACCUUUUCACUUCGGAAAACCAAAUCGUUUUCUCAUUGCAACGCUCAAUAUACCAAUAUAUGAAGGUGAUGUGGUGUUUUAUGCUGAUGUCAUGGAUGCGCUGACUCGUGACUUCAUGAGCCAUCAAGCUCAUCUGCUGGAAGUUGCAGACAGCAUUCCUGGACUUUUUGACAACAAGGGGAAAACUUUGAAAAAAAUCGGCAGUUCUCUUUGGCGCCAGAGACAAAAUUACUGUGCAUAUGUAAUACAAAAAUCUUGGAGGUAUUACACUGGAAAAUUAGCGCAGUCUCCUGUUUUUUACAGCGAAGUAAGACUUGCCAGUGUUGGAGACAAGGUGGACACUUUUUUAGCAGCUGAAGCCCGAUCCAGCAGUCAUGCGUCCGUGUAAAGAUCCUUGACUUUAUAUAAAUUGCCUUGAAACUAAUUUGUUGUAUAGAAUACUGCUCUCAUGACGACAUUUAGGAUUUGACCUUUUAAAAAAAGUUUAAUAACUAUUGAAAACAAAAAACUAACAAUUUAUUGCAAAAAGCUGCAAGGCAUUAUAGAGCUUUUUUUGUAGUGGCAAGUUAAAGCAAAUUACUAUUUUUCCCUGUUUUAGAGCUUCUCUUGUUAUAGCAGGUCCAGAUAUGCAGACCCCCUCAGCGCUGGGUCAAUGGCCCAAGAAACCAAUAAGACAAAAAAGCAAUACUAUCUCAUGUAUCGCUAUAUUAUAACAAUGCUGGUGUUAAAAAUUUCACCAAUUGAAUACCUUGGUGCAAGAGGUAGAGGGGACAGCUCCACUUUUUAAAAAUUUUCAGGAACCUAAAUAAGUUUUAACAAUUCAUUUAUAAUGACUUUGUUUUCAUAUUUAAUAUUGUCUUAGAGUCUGCUUCUUCAAAACCAAUUUUAAUGAUAUAUUAACAAAAUAUGUUAAUUUUGUGUUUAUUAAUUGCUCUGUAUAGAAGCUGUCCUGUUCUUGCUGCAAAUACAAAUAAUACUUCAAAAAAAAAAAAAAAAGAUUGUUAAUAAUAAUUCACAUAAUAUUCGUUUCUAAUAAGGAACAACGGUUUUCUCCCCUUCCUCUGAAAUUUAGCCUUACAUCUAUUUUUCCUUAACAUCUAAUAGAAUAUGUUCCUUUUUGUCUGCUCACUUUUAAAAAAAGUAUAACAUUUGAAUUGUUUGCUUUUUAUUUAUUUCGUUUGGUUUUCAAUGCUAAAAUAUGUUAUAAAUUUGUUCCGGAUAUUGUAUGAGAGCAGUAUUCUGUAUCAAUAUUUUAUCCCACCAUGUUAACUGAAAAGUUAGAAAUAUAGUUAAAGCUCAGAAAAUAUGUGCUUCCAUAUGGGUUUGGAUUAUGGAAUAUUGUUGAGGAACAAAAUGACAAUUACUGAUGUAUAUAAGAACACUGGAAACAUGUUGCUCUUAUAUAAAUAUAUAGUUUUAGAAAUAGUUGCGUCAAUUUUAACCUGUAAAUGUGUAAAUAAAAAUUUAGUAGAGUUCCAGGACUUCACGCUACUCAAAACUAAACUUUCUCGUUGUUUUCUUAUUUUAAUUUUUGUAUUUGCCAGCAUAUAAUAGUGGUAAUGAUUCCAAUAAUCUGUGGUAAUAGAUUAUCUUUAUUUGAUUGCGUGCAGUUUCUCUGAAUGUUUAUAUUUAUGCUGCAGUAUGUAAUUAUAUAACAGAAGGAAAUUUAUAUUUUAUAUUUAACAACAUAUAAAUAUAAUU